CGAUUGUUUCGUCUCGACACCGCCGAGCAAAGAUCAUCACACUGCUGCCACCUAGAGAAGAGGGCAAGAAGAAAAAGAUCCCGGCCGCAUUGGAUUGAACUGAUUUCUUCCUUCCAUGUCCCCUCCUUCAACACAGCCGCCGUUGUUUAGCUCUCUGGCCUCUAUCUUCCGGGACGUUGGGUUGUACCACCGGCAGCGCGAGAUGGUCCUCGAUCUCAAAGAAAGCCUCGGCGAUAUCUGGCAAGCCGAGGACGCCGCCUGUGCUUUUGACGAAGGAAAGAUUCGAUCUCUGUCGUGGCCGGUCGAGGACGGCGAAGAAAGCAUCGACGGCGACGAAGACGAAGAGGGAGACGAGAACACCGACGAUGAGAGCAAAACCAGUGGCUCUGGCCAGAGCCAGAACGAUAGUGACAGUGACAGUGACAGUGAUAGCGAAAGCAACACGGACGGCUUGGAGGUCGUCUUUCGAAACGAGUCCCCCGCACCCCUCGUGUUGUGCUGGGUCUCGGAAUCCGGGAAGCUCCACCACUUCUACCGGCUCGAGCCGUCCUCGCUGACGCAAACGGUAACACAGGACGCGAGGGCUUCUUUUCGACGCCUGAAAACAGACCACCUGGAGCACACCCAUCCCGGACACGCCUUUUGUCUCGGGUACGCCGGGAGCGACACGGAGGCGGAGCAAGUCCGAUCCUCGAGAUCCUUCUUUCGUCGAGACUGGGGAGACAAACGCAGCGGAUCGGGCAGGGGCUGCAACGGAGAGGGGCAAAUCGGUGCCGACGAAGACACCAGCGCCUCGUCGUCCAUUGCGGUUGGCGGGUACCGGCCCUUUGCUCCCUCGUCCUCGUCCUCCUCCUCCUCCUCAUCUUCCUCGUCGUCGGUGUUGUCGCGUCGCAUCCAGUUGGUCACCAUAUCGCACGUGGCAACGAACGAAGGCCAGCCCGGGGCCCGGUGUCUUCGCCGGCGGCUGCGGGGGAGUCUGUCCUGCUUGAAGGCACGAGCCUGGUGCCUGGAUCCGUGGAGGCGAUCCGCGAUGCACGGCAAACGCAGCGAUAGCGACAGCGAGGACGACGGCGACAUCGAAACGGGCACCGAAACCCACCGUCGAUCGCUGGACCCGAGGGGAUGGAGGGUGGAGGCCAGGUGGGUCCGGACCGAGUCCAAGCCCCUCGACACCACCGCAAAGGUGUACGAGGAGGUCGUGCUCGGUGGGUGGCCCUGCUGCCUGGAACCCAACUGGAGCGGCGGCGACACCGUUUCGGCCCGGAAGCUGGAGCGGGACAUUCGCGCCGCCGCCGCGCUGCUGCCCCCCCACGCCAGGGCCCACCUGCGGAAACACUGCCGGAUCUGGGUGAACCGGUCGCUCGAGUGGGGGCCCAGCGACUGCCCCGUGAAGGGCCGGGGGUGCUGCUACCACCCCGGCAGGGUCUGGCUGACCCGGAACGGUCUCUCGGCAAAGAAACACAUGUGCGUGGAGGUCAACGACGCUCCCAAUUACCGCAAGGACUGCGAUCUGUGGGGGAUCGGUGGCGUGAUGCUCCACGAGCUGAGCCACGCCUACCACCACGGAAUGGUGCCCGAUGGAUACAAGAACAAGGAAAUUCAAGAAUGCUACGAGCUGGCCAUGAAGGAGGGACUGUACGAUCGCGUCAAGUACCACAGUAACUGCAGCAGCAGUAGCAGCAGCAGCAACGGCAACAAACCCGACGGGGCACCGAAACGGACCAUUUCGACCGCCAGGGCCUAUGCCUGCACGAACGCAAUGGAAUACUUUGCGGAGCUCUCCGCGGCGUUUCUUGGCGGCCUCGACGACACGAACGAAUACAACAAGUGGUAUCCCUUCAACCGGAAACAACUCCAGAAGCACGACCCAAGAGCGUAUUCCUUGUUGUCGCGCCUGUGGAAGGUCGAUGUGGGGCUGACGCACAGCCACUAAUAAACGUUUCAAUGCUAGUGGUUGGAAAACAGAAUCCUAUACUUCCUUCCACCAGAGAUAAAUAGCAUCUCGCCGAACGCCGUUGUUAUUGCUUCAUUCAUCGAAGGUGAGCAAGGGAAAGGAAGGAAAUGCUCCGUCGAUUCUUUUACGUUGAACGAACACCGUGGUGGUAGAUUUUCGCUCUUUUGUUUUGUGUGAGCUCGUGUUUGUUUUUGGCUUUUUGUUUGAACAAGGAAUUGCAAAAGAGCAGUGAUCGGAGUCGAACUGGUUCUGCAGUACCGACGAUCCGCACCGUUUGAUUGCUGCUCUCUUCGCAUCGAUUAUUUUUUCUAAUUGAUGCCAGAACGCAUUCCGAGAAUAGACGCUGUGGUAUCCAUAAUACCGAUCACCUGCCUUUUGUAUUGCCCGGUCCGAGAAGCUUAUCGCAACCGUGACAGUUACGAGGCAGACAAUUCAGUUAAAUUCGUUUCUUCAUCACAGCAAUCUUUUGGAUUUUCAACUAACGAAUCGGUUUUUUCUUGUUGCAUGAUCGAAGAUGUGUAAUACUUCCAGAUUCCGCAUAUCCACUCUGUAGUGUAGUGUGAGUAAAGCUUGUCCUUCUAC